GACCAGAUCCGAAGCCACGCUUCCAGCCUCUUGUUGUCACUUAUUAGCUAUCUCUCAGCUAACCUCCCUAGGAAGAAUAAUAAGCUGCAAAAGGCACAAGGGCGACGCCGAUACCGAUGCAAAUACCAUAGCGUUGAUGUAAAGUGGCGCCAGAGGAGAAAAAAAGCACAUGUAGGAAGCGAGCCGAGAAACAUGGACGAGGAAGAGGUCCAUAUCGCAGUUGGGAAGAACUCAAGAAAGGAGAAAGCCAACAUACUGUGGGCCGCCGCCAAUUUCCCCAGGGCCACCAUCGUUCUUGUCCAUGUUCACUGGCCCUCCAAGUGGAUGCCUUUCAUGGGUGGCAAAGUGCUAUACAAGUUCGCUGAUGAGAAGGAGAAGGAGAUGCAUAGAGGCAGAGAAAUGAAAGUAAUGGUCAAUAUGUUAUCACAGUACAAAAAAAUGUGCGGGACGAGAAAGGUUAGUGCACAUUACCUUACACAUGAUGACACUGUUGCCGGUGUUGUGAACCUCAUAAAGAAGCUCAAAAUUAAAAGAAUAGUCAUCGGUUCAAGGAACAUGUCAAGGCAAGUUGUGGUUCGCCAGUGCUGUCAGGUUUGGCUGGUACUCAACGGCAAACACAUCUCCACCAGCAAUGAUCACCUGGAAUAUAGUGAAAAUAUAGGAUAUGGAGGGGGGAGCUCAGGUAUUUUGGCAUCUAUACAUGAGCUAGGUGAGGAAUCUGACGGCUACGUGACACCACGAAGUGAUCUUGUAGACGAAACCAUGGAUGAGGAGUCGGCUGAAAUGAAUGAUUCUGAUCAAUUAGUAACGGAAGAUGAAACAUUGACUGAACAAGGCACAGAGGAAUCAGUCACUUCUGAAGACAUGGAAAACUUUUUUCAAGAGAAUGCUGAUCAGUCUGAUGAGAUACAGAAUUUCAGAAACAUAGCUGACAAGGCUGAAAAAAUCAUGGAGGAAAUAGACCGGCUGCAAAAGAAACUGAAACAGCUGCAAGGAGAGGAGCGUAAUCACGACGAGAGGAGCUUGUCACCUAGACAAAUGGCUGCGUCACUGAAGCGAAAGAGUCUAUCAGAGCCUAGAUAUCCAGAGCUGCAGAUUCCAGAGAACAUUGAACAAUUCUCGAUGUCGCAAAUCGAAAAGGCGACCGACAACUUCCACUCAAGAAAUUUCAUCGGAGGAGGAGGUUAUGGCCCAGUCUACAAGGGAAAAGUGGGCAGCACAUCAGUGGCUAUUAAGCUGCUGAAGCCUCGUGGUAGACAAGGUUUCUCAGAGUAUCAGCAAGAGGUGGUGGUGCUGAGCAAAUUGGAGCACCCACACAUCGUGAGGCUGAUUGGCGUGUGCCCGGAGUCGUGCGGCCUGGUGUACGAGCACCUCCCCAACGGCACGCUCAAGGACAGGCUCUCCAAGGGCCUCCUGUGGAAGGACCGCGUCAGGAUCCUCGGCGAGCUGCGCUCUGCGCUGGCGUACCUCCACUCCAGGCGGCCCCACGCCAUCAUCCACGCCGACGUGAAGCUGACCAACAUCCUCCUGGACGCCGGCAACGCGAGCCGGCUGGGAGACUUCGGGACGGCGCGGGCGGUGCACGUGAAACCGCUGGAGGAGGAGACCAUCGGCCGCCGCACGAACCCGAUGGGCACGGCGGGGUACAUGGACCCCGUGUUCUUCAUGACCGGCGAGCUCACAACGGAGUCGGACGUGUACGCGUUCGGCAUGGUGAUUCUGCAGAUGCUCACGGGGCUGCUGGAUCUCAACGUCGCGGAGCAGGCGCGCGAGGCGGUGAAGAUGGACGCCGUGCACAGCGUGCUGGACGCGUCCGCCGGGCCCUGGCCGGAGGUGCAGGCCGAGAAGCUCAUGAAGCUGGCGCUCAGGUGCUGCAGCCUGGAGAGGAGGCGGCGACCGGCGAUCACGUCCGAUGCCGAGUGGAGAUCGCUCGACAUCCUACGGGCUAUGGUAAACCCAGCUAGUAAAUCCUGGAAAUGGAAUUCCCAUGCCAGCUGAAUUUACUGUAUGUAUGCACCUCCCAGUACAUGCCUUGCUGUAGCCUGCAGAUGCCAUGAAACACAGUAGGGGUAGCUAGUGAUUCUUCUUGUGAUUAGAUAUAGAUAAGCAAAAAUCUAAGAAUUGAUGUGCAUUACUAGAAUAUAAGUAUUCAGGGGUAGUACAGUAGAGAAACAAGAGAUGGAGCAGACAGAAAUCAUGCUACAUAUGAAGCAGCAAUUGGUUAGCCAAGAUGAUGAUGGUGCACGGUUAUUUUUUGGGAAAUCUGCACCUACUCAUGUUCAGUGUCCCUUGCAGGAUGCAGAAAUAUUAUGUGUAUAUUGGUAGACGGUAAUAUAAAUCUGACUAUGCACGUUUUGUUCAAGAUUUAUUACACGAAACGGUACUGCUGAUGCA